UUUGGGGAGAUCAUGCUCCUUUUGAUAAAGUCUUAACUGCCGUGAAAAAUGUUUCUACAAAGAAAGAUGAUCCUGCUGCUAUGACUGCUUUUCAAGAAACUUUGGAUAAAGUAAUGAAAGGUGAAAUCUCAUUUAACAAGGUUCUUAAUUCAGAUCCCAGUUGUACGAUUAAUGGACCAUGUGCUUAA